AUGAAUGCGUGUAUCAUGCCAAUAGGUGAGGCAAAGGAACCCGAGGAGUACAACGGCGGUCGCGGUAUCCGCGAACUGACCGAGUUCCUGACUGCGAAAGGGUUUGCACCGGACGAAUUCAGUGAGUUGGAGAUGAUGGCUGGCUUGGAUCUACCAGAGCCAGACGAACACAAUGUAUACCACCUGAACGACGACAAUUUCGACGACUUCAUUGACGACCAUGAUAUAGUUCUGGUGGCCUUUACAGCCGCGUGGUGUGGACAUUGCAAAAAGCUCCACCCGGAAUGGAAUGAAGCUGCUAAGUACCUGGCAAAGGAAAACUCAGAAGCCAAACUGGCCUGGAUCGACGCCGCAAAGAACAAGGAGAUUGCUGACGACUAUGAUAUUACAUCAUAUCCCACCCUCAAAUACUUCCGCCACGGGAUAGAGUCCGAUUACCAUCUGGGCACCGAAACGAUAGAGAUAGUCAGCUUCCUUUCCCAACAGAGCGGGCCUCCGGCUAUGCCUAUCGACAGCGUAAAGGAGUACGACGAUGUUGUGACGAUUAACAAUGUGGUGACGUUCGGUGUGUUCAGUGACCUCGACAGUGAGGAGGCGCAGGUGUUCGUAGAGUUGGCUGCGGGUUCCAUCGGAAAAUUCUGUAUCACCAAGAAUGCCGGGGUCAAGGAAAAACUAGGUUUAUCCCCGGAUGUGGAGCAAGCGGUGGUGCUGAUUAAAAACUUUGAUGACGGGCGGGCUGAAUACGAUGGGGCGCUCGACGAUGUAGUGCAACUGAAGGCCUUUGUGAAGGAAGCCGGUGUGCCGCUGGUGAUCGAGUACACGGAGAGUGUCAUGAACAUGAUCUUUGAGAAUGACGUCAAGACACACGUCCUCCUGUUCCAUGACGACAAGGGUAGUUUGGAUGCGUAUGCGCAGUGCUUUGCGGAGGUGGCGAGGAAGCAAAGAGGCGAGAUGCUGUUUGUGACUGUGGCGAUCCCGGACGAGCACUCCAGUGGGCCAGUCAAGUACUUCCAGGUGCAGCCUUCGGACAAGGUGGUUAUACGAGCGGUGACUACGGAGCCCGAAAACACGAGGUAUUAUCCCGUGACGAACGAUAUCACGUGCGACACCAUUGCCAGCUUUGUACAGGACUUUGCCGACGGCAAAAUCGAGCCGCAGAAGAAAGAGCCCAAGCCAGAUGAGGAUGAGAACGAUUAUAAAGAGGCAGAUGGCGAUGAGGAUGCCGAGUGGGAUGGUAGUGGGGUCAAGGUGUUGACCAAGGAUACCUUCCAUGCGUUUGUGAAGGAUCCGAGCAGGGAUGUAUUUGUGCUGAUGUAUGCGGAUUGGUGCGGGCACUGCAAAGCUAUGAAGCCGGCCUUCAAUGAGCUCGCGGCCAUGUACGAGGAUGUCGACGACGUGGUGAUUGCAAAGAUCAAUGCGGAUACCAGUCGCCCGGAAGGGGUUGCUAUCGAUGGGUUCCCUACACUUAAGUUAUACUCGAAGAAAAGCGGUGAGCCGGUGGAGUACAUGGGCCAGCGCAAGGCCAAGGACAUGGCGAAGUUCUUGGCCAGUGAGGUUCGCGCAGAGGCAAGUCCAGCAUGUGGAGAGACGGAGUCUGGUAAGAGUGCUGAAGCUGAUACGCCACUCGUGUGGGCGUUCAGGUUAGACAAUGAAGAUGCCCUGUUCGCAGGACCGACACAGAUGCACUACUUGUUAUUCCACACGGAUGAGGGUCUGAGCGAGUUAAAGGAGUGUUUUACGGAGGCGUCAAAGAAGUACCGCACAUACAUGCACUUUGUGACUGUCGAUAAGAUGUCUGAGGUUGCCGCUACGCCCAUGAAGUUCUUUGGGUUGACCCCGAAUACCAAAGCUGAUCUCCGGCUGAUUAGUUCAACGAACGCCGACACGUACGUGCCUACUGAAGAGGUAACAUGUGCGUUAUUUGCUGAGUAUGCGCAGAGUUUUGUGGAUGGCAAACUCGUGCCAAUCUCUGACGAAGAGGGGCACGGACACUCUCACGACGACCAGCAUGGGCAUUCGAAUGACGGGGAUCACGGGCACUCGCAUGACUCGCACGACGAGUUGUAAC